AUGGAUGGAUGUAAGACAAGCAAAACCCCAAUGCCCACCAAUGUUAAAAUUGACAAGGAUGAAAGUGGUAAGAACUUUGAUGAAAAGAAAUAUCGAGGUAUGAUUGGUUCCUUACUCUAUCUUACCGCUAGUAGACCGGAUAUAAUGUUUAGUGUUUGCCUUUGUGCUUGUUUUCAAUCUUGUCCGAAAGAGUCUCAUUAUUUUCAUGUCAAAAGAAUUUUCAAAUAUCUCAUGGGCACACAACACUUAGGUCUUUGGUAUCCUAGGAAUAACUCCUUUGACCUUGUUUCUUAUUCGGAUGCGGACUAUGCCGGUAGUGUCAUAGAUAGAAAAAGUACAUCGGGAACUUGUCAAUUCCUAGGCAAUUGCCUUGUUUCUUGGCAUAGUAAGAAACAAGUGUCGGUUGCCUUGUCCACGGCCGAAGCCGAAUAUGUAGCCGCGGGAAGUUGUUGUACCCAAGUUCUUUGGAUUCGACAACAUCUCAAGGACUAUGGAAUUGUGGUUGAUCAUAUUCCUUUGAAAUGUGACAAUACUAGUGCGAUCAACUUGUCCAAGAACCCGAUCCAACACUCUAGAUCCAAGAACAUAGAUAUUAGACACCAUUUUAUGCGUGAUCAUGUCCAAUUGGGAGAUCUUGUAUUAGAAUUCAUUGAUACAAACAAUCAAUUGGCGGAUAUUUUCACAAAACCCUUAAAUGAGGAAAGGAUGUCUUUUAUCUUAAGAGAAAUUGGUAUGAUUGAUGGGUCUACCUUAUUGUGA